UGAGCCGCUCUGCAGCUGAAUCGUAAUGACAGCCUGAUUUUCGCGCAGUUUUCCUGAUACCUUUUCUGUAGCAAUACAAUUUCAAGAAUGGCAGACACGGGGAAUCGUUUGCGUAAAUUGCUGGAAUCCCCUAAUUUUGACCCUCAAUUUUACGUAAAGCAGCUCUCGCAGCAGUCUGAUGGUGACCGAGAUUUACAAGAGCACCGUCAGAAAAUACAAACACUAGCGGACGAAACAGCGCAAAAUCUUAAGAAAAAUGUCUACAAAAACUACAGACAGUUUAUAGAGACGGCUAAAGAGAUUUCAUACCUGGAAAGUGAGAUGUAUCAGCUUAGCCACAUUCUCACUGAGCAGAAGAGUAUAAUGGAGAGCAUUACACAGUCUCUCCUAUCCACAGAUAAGGAUGAAACAGCCAAAGAAAUGCUGGCAGCCUUCCCUAAAGAAACAGAAGAGGUGAAACAAAGAACCCUAACCACACUUCUGGAAAAAGUGGAGGGAUGCAAGAGCAUUAUGGAAACCCCAGGCAAAUAUCUUGUCUAUAAUGGCGAUCUGUUGGAGUAUGAUGCAGACAACAUGUCACAGAUUCAAAAAGUCCAUGCGUUUCUGAUGAACGAUUGCCUGCUCAUCGCAACAUGGCUGGCAAACAGACGUGGAUCUGUUAAAUACAAGUACAAUGCCUUGUAUGAUCUGGAAAGCUUUGCUGUUGUUAAUGUAAAAGACAACCCUCCGAUGAAAGACAUGUUCAAAAUCCUCAUGUUCCCAGAGAGCCGCAUCUUUAAAGCCGAGAACAGCAAGAUCAAGAAGGAGUGGCUGGAGAUCCUGGAAGAAACAAAGAAAAACAAAGUGUCAAAAGACAUGCACAAAAAGGAAGAGGAGGUGCCGAUGUCCCCGGUCAGCCAGGAAGUCUCCACAAAUCCGUUCGAAGAGGACGAGCCUCUGGAUUCAGAUGAGCUAGUGGAUUUGAGCCCCGAAUGGAUCCAGGAGCUGCCUGAGGACCUGGACGUGUGCAAUGCUCAGAGAGACUUUGAGAGUGCUGUUGAUCUCCUGGAUAAGCUGAACGAAUAUCUAAAGGAGCAGCCGGUAAGUCUGCGGGUAAAGGAGCUGAGAGGCAAGGUGGAUGAACGUGUUCGACAGUUGACAGAGGUGUUAGUGUUUGAACUCUCUCCUGAUCGCUCUCUCCGCGGUGGACCCAAAGCCACGCGCCGAGCUGUCUCCCAACUCAUUCGCCUGGGCCAGUCCACCAAGGCCUGUGAUCUCUUUUUAAAAAACAGAGCGGCGGCGGUUCAAACUGCCAUCCGGCAACUUCGUAUUGAGGGUGCCACACUACUUUACAUCCAAAAACUCUGCAACAUCUUCUUCACCAGCUUACUUGAGACUGCCAGGGAGUUUGAGACAGAUUUUGCAGGCAACACUGGCUGUUACUCAGCGUUUGUGGUCUGGUCUCGUUCUGUGAUGAAACUGUUUGUUGACGCCUUCAGGAAGCAGGUGUUCGACAGCAAAGAGUGCUUGUCGACGGCAGCAGAAUGCGUUAAGUUUGCCAGUGAGCAUUGCAAGCAGUUGAGCGAGAUCGGCCUGGAUCUUACCUUCAUUUUACAGUUGCUACUGGUGAAAGACAUCAGAGCAGCUCUCCAAAGCCAGAAAGACAUCAUCAUAGAGGCCACCAAGCACCGUAACUCUGAGGAGAUGUGGCAUAGAAUGAACCUGAUGACUCCAGAGGCUUUGGCAAAACUCAAGGAUGAAAUGCGAAGCUGCGGGAUCGGCAGCUUCGCCCAGUACACAGGAGAAGACUGCUGGGUCAACCUGAGCUACACCGUUGUGGCCUUCACCAAGCAGAUGAUGGCAUUCCUGGAGGAGGGGUUGAAGCUGUACUUUCCCGAGCUGCACAUGGUGUUUCUGGAGAGCCUGAGGGAGAUCAUACUGGUAGCCAUACAGCUUGUGGACUACAGCCUGCGCUGUGAGCAGGAGACUGAGAAAAAGGCCUUCAUUCUCCAGAAUGCAUCGUUCUUGCAUGAAACGGUGCUGCCUGUUGUGGAGAGGAGGUUUGAGGAAGGAGUGGGCAAACCAGCCAAACAGCUGCAAGAUCUAAGAAAAAGCUCUAGGGACGUCAUGGUCAACCCCGACAGCACCACGUCUUUUGUUUAACAGAGACCGAAAUGAAGAUUGAUCAACUGCAGCCGUCUACUCUCGUCUACUUUCAAGGCAAGGCGUUUGGCAUCUCGAACAAGCCUCUUCUUUUACAGGAAUUCGGAAGUUGCAUGAGCAGUAUCCUUUGUGUAUCCACAAUUCUUUGCAACAAUGGAAAUGAACAUCAUUUGUCUAAAUAAAAUGUUAUCUAAUAGCUGACUAACAGUGUACAUACUAUUUGAAGACCAUUUCUCAAAAAAUAAAGAUUUAUUUCUGUAAGUAAUGCUGUGAUUAUUCCAAUAUAAAGCACAGAUAGGGUGAAAAUGUAUGUUUGUAAAUUAAUAACCAUGACAACAAAGCUUGUUUGUGAAAAGUUUGAUAACUUAAUAGGUAGCUUAUUAACUGAAAAAGGGCACUGCAACAAAAAAUUAAUACCACGCAGUUUUUCAAAAAUAAAAUUAGGGAAAAUAUUCCACAUUGAAUCAGCAUUUUUUAUAUAUCUUUUUAACCAAUUCAACUUUAUAACAUGGUUAAACAGUGCAAGUCAACAACGUUCAGUCCUCCAUCAUUAAUACUAUUUUUUAAGACCUCUUUUUUAAUUUGAUGUGGUUUGAUUUUCCAUAUAAAAUUUUAUAAUAUUUUAUCUAGUAGAGAACAUGAUGAUUUAGGACAAUCCACUACAGUGAAGAUAUAUAAAGCUCUUGAUAGACCUUCCACUUUGGACAACUAAACCACUAAGAGAUAAAUCUCUUGCAAGCCAUGAAUUGAAUUUCUUUUUAAUUGUUUAUAUCAUGGGGUUUAAGUUGAUAUUUGUAAGGGCCAAAUUUUAAUUUAAGUUUAUUUUUCUCCUAAAUAAUUAAUUACAUCUUUAAUCUGAAUUCCAUAAAUGACUGAUCGAUCUAUAAUUUUUAACACCAAUACUUCACAUUUAGAAAUGUUAAGAUAAAGACCAGAAACUUGGGAAAAGUUGUUAAUAAUUUUUAAUACAUUGGGAAUUUCACGUUGAUCUUUUAAAAUAUUGUGGUAUCGUCUGCAAAUUGGGACAUUUUUACUUCUUUAUCUGUAAUUCGAAUACCUUUCAGAACAUUAUUUUGAUUAACUAUUGAGAUUAGGAUCUGUGUAAUUAGCAAAAAUAAAAAGCAGGAUAUGGGGCAACCCUGUCUAAUACCUCUCUGAAUUGAGAUUUUUUGUGUUGUUCCAUGUAAGAGUUUAACACAGCUGUUUCCUCCUAUGUAAAGAGUUUUAAUGGCAUUAAUAAAAUAAUUACU